CCCGUAUCUCUCCAGUCCGACGGUCCGCCGCCUCCUCCCCAGUGCCUCCAUGUCUCGUCUAUAACACUCCGUCGAUCGCAUCUGGCUCCCUCUGUCGUCUCCUCUCUGCCAAACAAGCUCGCUCGCUCGGCAUCCACCGUUUCUGUCCGGCGAUCAAAUUCUACUCCAAGCAAACUGCCCACGCAUCUUGCUGGCUCCACCAAGUCACCUUUGUCGACUGGCUCCAUCGCCGUCCCUGCCUCUGCUGUCCGAUAAGCACCACUGUCCCCCGUCUUAUCAGCCCAUCCCGUGCCCCAUCCCAAGACCCAGCCCAAGAUUCAGUCCAAGAUCAUGUCAGCCAGCACCGACGAGUUCCGCGACAUCAUCAACGCCGAGAUGCUUGUCGAUAUGGAGAAGCUGGGAUUCGCCGCCCAGCAUGGAAUUCCAGACGAGGUCCGAGGCGAAGUCUGGAAGUACCUCCUUGGAGUCUACUCUGCCGAUAAAGCCAGCGAGAUGCCCAGCAUCAAGGCCAAGGCUGAGGAGUACUCACGACUCACCAAAGACAAGAGCGAGGUGAUCAACCGGGUCCGUGGUGAAGCUUCGCGGUAUGUCAAGAGCCGCUCAAAGUACUUCAAGAGCCAGGACUAUAUCCUCACCAUCGAGAACGUGCUGACGACGUUCCUCAACCACCACCGCCACAUCGACUACUCGCCCGCCCUGGUUCAUUUUUGCGGUCCGUUGGUCUAUUCGAUGUCGGCCGAGGCGGAAGUCUACUAUAGCCUCGAGAAGAUUGUGCAGAGCCUGGACGAUCACUUGGCUCAGCACAGCAUCAGCGAGCGGCUCUCCAACUUUAUCACUCUGUUCCGCACGCUCCUCCCCGAUCUCUACAACCACUUUGAGGAAGAGGAGGUGGACCACAAGACCUGGGCGCGGUCGUGGUUCGAGAAUCUGCUGGCCAAGGAGCUGCCGUUCGAAUGUGUCCUGAGACUCUGGGAUACCUAUUUCUCCGUUCCCGAUGGAUUCCAAAUGCAUGUCUAUGUCUGCUUAGCUAUUCUCUAUCAAUGUAAAGAAAACCUAGAAGAGCUGGAACAAUCCGAGAUCCACUCGCUGCUGCUACGCCUGCCGGCACUGGAUAUAGAUCAGAUUGUCAGCCAAGCCAACCAAAUCAAAUAUGAGGUGAUGGAGCGCUGUCUCAGCGACCUGACCAGCUGAUGUGCCCCAACCGCCUGCCGUGCGUUGGAUGUCUCCAAGCCGCACAGCCCUAAUCAAUCCGUAAUCACAGUCCGCUCGGCCGCAUCCAUCGCGUCGUUCCGCAUCCACCCCUAUGAGUCCAAUACAGUCUCGUCUGGCCCGCCAGCGCGCCACGUCGCUGCUGCCGAUAGGAGCAAA